AUACAACAUCAACAACAACAACAUCGCUUGACGCGUAUCUUCGGAAGACACUAGCGUCCAACACUUCGAAUUCCAGCAGAUUCAAUCGCUCCCGAGAUGCGGUGAUACUAUUUGAAGAAUAUAUUAAUCCUCAUACAAGUUAACGCAAUUUUACCGAAGGUUAAACCAAAUUCAGAAGAGAGAUCAAAAUGGAACUAUCUGCUCAGGAUGGAUCAAAUAACAAUACGCAACUUCCCGUCGAUGCGGCACUAAAGAAAGUGGUUCCUGAUGAAAUCAAAAUCGGCGGCAAAGUGAUCCAGACCCAACCAGGCGUGGCCAAGUUGUCGUCUACUGUCACCAAUGUGGUGAUGAAACAGCCCAUGGCCGGGGAAACAAUCGAAGGAGCAACCAAAGCUUUAGAGUUUGGGAAAUCCCUGAAGGGUAAAAAUAUGUCCGAUGUCAAGGAAUUCGGCAAAUCCCUCAAGGACAAAAAGCUGACAAAGGAUGGUGCCAAGAAGAUGGGCACGUCCCUAGCGCAGAUGGACUUGGAGGGGCCAACUGUGAAGAUCGGGAGAACCCCGGGGGAGAAGACAUUCUUCGUCGCGGAUAUAGGAUGCGGGGAGCUCUCCAAGGAUUGCUGUAACGGGUGCUUGAUGUGCCUCGCCCAAGGCCCAUCCGUUGGAUUGGUGGCCGCAUGCAGUAAAGGGGAGGAUGGGGUGUACAUCGACAACGGCUAUCGCUUGUCGGCGGGAAGCUUCUCCACGAUCUGCGGGUGCUUCAUCUUGACCCUCAAGCUGGGUAUGGAUUCAGGAAUAGCUUGGACCAAGGACAAAAAGCAGUUCGAGGUGAUGGGGACAGGUUUGAAUUCGGAAAAGGGGUGCACCUUUAACAUCCUUGGUAACGAAGUUGGCUAUGUCGACAGGAAUAAAUAUUUGAAAAAGUACGAGGAGAGGAGGCAGCGAAGGGCAGCCGGGCUGGAAGCACCACCGCAAAGUCUUAAGAAGCAAAUGAAGAGGGAAAAGGAUAAGCUAGAAGGGGAGCUGAAGACAGUAGUGGCGGAUGCCAAGCAAGGUGUAGAGGAUGCCAAAGAAGGCGCGGCAAAGGCCAAGGAAAUGUCGAUGAAGGCCAAGGAUGGGGAAUUAAAUAUCAAGGAAAAGUUAGCAAAUGCAAAGGACGAGGUAGUCAACGCCGACAUGGUCAAGGUAAAGAUGGAACAAGCCAAUGAAGGGUUAGUAAAAAGCGUUAAGGAAAAGACAGUGAAUGCCGUUAAGGAAGGGAUAGCAAAUCCUGCGGCUAUCUUAGAAGACAAUCUUUAACUUCGUGCUUCCUACCUGGUGUUACUCCCAGUCGUUUAAGCGUUAAUAAGAGGGGUCAUUGCCACUUGAAAUUAUACUUCUAAACCGAAGAGCCUUGAAGAAUUUUUGAAACUUUUUUUAAAAAGCACACACACACAAAAAAACCAAGGACAAAUGAAUUAUUAUUUGCUUUGUGUAUGAAAAAUAUGCCUUGUAUUCUUUAAAGCAACAUUGCUUGAGCGAUCAAAGGAGCACUAUUUGAUCAUACAUGACGUAAGAAAAGGUCAACAAAAAGACUUGGGUAAAAGGGCCUUUAUUAUGACAUCUACCGGUAUAUUACAUUAUGCAACACUCGAAUGAAAAAAAAAAUGCUUCUGUUGUUAACAUGCGCAGAAAUACUGAAAGUGCGAUCUUCAUUUUUUUUAGGGUGGAUCAUAGGAAUUAUUGAUAUUACACAAUAUACAGUAUGGGGGAAUGCUAACGUGGCCAAUGAAUUCCAAGUAUCCCUCGUAAAACGUACCUAACCGGUGUGUUGGCUCAGUUGGUAGAGCGUCCGUCUCACAACCGGGAGGUCGGGGGUUCAAACCCCGGCCGCGUCAGACCAAAAGACGUUAAAAGAUGGGAGUUGCUGCUACCCUGUUUGGCGUUCCACGAUUAAAGGGAUAGAGCCUCAUCGAUCUGGCGCUGCACAGCGGCUGCCGGACCCACGAUCAAUUGGGCAAAGCAAAUUUUCGGAGUAUUUCAUUUCAUGUCUAUUUUGAACAAUAAAUUAUGGAUUUAUCAUUACUUUUAUCAUCAUUACUUUAUCAUUACUUAUUCGCGUGUUAUGUAUUUUAAAGCACAAUCUUGCAUCAUCAACCGUAACGAUGUCGGACAAGUCUAGAGGACAAGCUGUAAAGUCGUUAUUGGCAACCCAGUCAAGAAGAUGAAAAUAUGGAAUAUGGGCGGUCAUGAUAAGAUUUGAAUAUAAAUCCCUGUUCUCGCUCUGUCCAUUCAUCGCAGUGUCUAUGAUUAAGUGAAUUUUACUCCUAAAAACAUGAAUAUUUUUUUAAUUUUUUAAAAUCUGAUAUACUCUACCGAACAAACGUUUAUGCUCUCUUUUUACCCAAUAUUGAGUAUUUGUUUUACCUUACCCUUUUUUAAAGUGUAUUGUCCUAAAUAUUUAAGGGGGAAGCAGUGUAAGGAUAUUUUUCUUGGGGUAUCCCCCCAUUUUAUGUAUAUUGUUAUAUUUAUCACGAUGCGGGCAUUUGAUUUAUACUGGAUAUUCUCAUUUUAAGAAGUAUAUAUAAAUAUUGACAGUGCGUCAAUAAAAAGUUUACACUUCGAGAAGCUCCUGGAAAUUUUAGAAAUUUACAAUGAGAGGAUUUUUUUCGCAUAAAUUUUCGGCUUCAAUCUCUUCUAUACUUUUUCAUCCGUGAAAAAAAAAUGAAUACAUUGUCGCUUGUUUGAACAACUUUGCCACCGAAAUUAACAGUUUGAACUCAGGUAAACACAGCUUCAGUUUGUUUGUGACAGCUGUAUCUGAUGGGGACAUAAACAAAAGUUCAUCACAAGCAUUUCCUUGAAGGAGUUUUGUCCUUUGAUAUUAAAAGGGUGUACAUUUCUUACGCAUUUCCUCUACACUUUCUCAAGCAUAACAAUAGCAGGUAAAGGGAAACGGGGGACCUGGCAUGGUGGUUCAGUGGUAGAGCGUCCGCCUCGCCAACUGGAGGUCGUAGGUUCGAUCCUCGGCCGAGUCAUACCAAAGACUUACAGAAAUGGCAAUGAAUGGGACCUUUUACUUUCUUGCUAGGCGCUCAGCAUUCAGAUCGGAAAAGGGCAGUAAUAACAUAAUGUUAUGCAGGGCCCGCUGGCAGAGCAGUUUCCUAAUUGAGGUGGAUACCCUGGGUACAUAAAAGGUUAUUUUUGUUAUUGUUAUUGUAUCAUGUGGUCCACAGCUACAAUGUAACGCAGAUAUGCCACAAUGUUCUACAUGAAGGUGGGGGUGGGGGGGGGGGGCUUGAUUGACUGUGUUGGCAAGGAUAAUGGUUAAUAAUGGGGAAAAUAUAUUCAAGUCAAUCUUCAUAGCUAAAGUACAUGUGCUAUUCUUGAUUAAGUUAAUGUUAACUUCCAUCCAUAAAACUCUUUUUCAAUUUCUGCGCAAGUAAUUUUUUAACGUGCUUUUUAAAAGCAAGUGGUGCUCACUCAAGUGGAUCCUCGACAUCCAUGACUACUGUCAUUUGUAUAAAGAAAUUUACAUUAAACCAAUGUGGAGAUGUUAAAAAAGGCCAGGAUUGCAAAUUUUUGGUUAAUAUGAUUUUUUUCAAAGUGUAAACUUUUUUUAUACGCACUAUACAGUGCGUCCCACAAAAAAACGAAACCGAGAUUUAUCGAUGAUUUAUCAUAAUUUAAUCACAAAUACAAUAGACAAAUGACCUACCAUUGUAAAGCUUAGAAUCUCCUCUUUCAUCUGAAAUUACUUAAAUUAUUUCUCAUUCACGCAUGAGUGAGCAAAACAAUUUGAAGAGGGGAUACCAAAAAGUCAUUUGGCGGGCUGUAUCUGGGUUUCAAAAUGAAAACCACAUUUCUAAAAAGUUCAAUAUCUGCUCUUUAAUUUGAUACCUCAAUUACAGAAAAUGGUCAAGAAAUAACAAAGUUCUGGUUAUUUGAAAUAAGGCUUGAAUUUCAAUAAUUUCAUAUUGAUAAAAUGAAGAGGUUUUACAGGCUAGCGUUCAAACUCACUCGACACUCCGUUUUGUUGACGAUCAGCCAUGCAUGAAGUCUUUUGUUAACCAUGCGAUAGCUUCUGUGGAAAACCGGUAAAAACACGUUUAUUUAAUGAAAUUAUGGAAAUACAAGCAUUGUUUCGAGGGAACGUAACUUUUUUACUUCUUGACCAUUUUCUGUGAUUAAGGUAUGAAAUUAAAGAGCAGAUAUUGAAAUUUUUAGGCAUGUGAUUAUCUUUUUUAAAUUCAGAUACCCCCCGCCAAAUGAGUUUUUGUUAUCCUUUCUUCAAAUUGUUUUUGCUCACUCAUGCGUGAAUGAGGAAUAAUCUAAGUAAUAUCAGAUGAAAGAAGAGAUUCUAAGCUUUACAUUGGUAGGUCAUUUGUCUAUUGUAUUUGUGAUUAAGUUAUGAUAAAUCAUCGCUAAAUCUCGGUUUCGUUUUUUCUGGGACGCACUGUAUAUAUUAAUUCUCGUAAUGCAAUGUAUAUCAACUUAAUUAUCUGUCUUUGACAUUUGUCAAAGUUUUAUGUAAUAACAUGCAGUAAUAAAAUCAUAUUUGUAUACUAUUGACAAA